AUGCUAGCUGGCUAGCGACCAGGGCUGAAGUGCCAUCACUGACUGAGUCUCCCUCUCUCUGUCACCGGGGCUUCGCUUUUUUCUCUCUUCAAUCAACGGGAGUCCCGAGGACGUUGGGAGUUUUCUUCUUUUUUUUUUUUUUCACGUCGCCUUCGGGGAAGAGUGUGUUUUCAUGGGAGUUUUGACGCGAAGCCGCAGGUAGCGUUAGCUAGCGCUGCCGGGGUGGCUUACAUAAAAAAAAAAAAAAAAAAAAAAAGAAAACGGCUGCGGCUCAGUGGAGCCACGACGCUUUGUGUUUGAGCUCCGUGAGAGAAACACAAACAAUUCAACCGUCUGCUUUUAUUCAGUGUUCACUUUUUUUAAAAGAACUAAAAGCCGAACGGGACGUUUCUGCUGCGUUUAAACUUAACCGAAGGUCGAGUUAGCUCGAGGGAGCAAGUGGAGAGUAAGCUUCUUACUUGCUAACGUUAAGCUCGCGGGGUUGUUGUUUUUUUUUUUACCCUCCAUGCUCCACGUUUAUUAACAUGUCGUAGAGUCGUUGAAUUAUUUAAAAAGGACGGAGCUCGGGGAAGUUUGUGUUUUGGGACGAGAGGGAGCGUGUGAGGUCGAGGGAGGUCUGAUGUGCUCUGUUUGUAAAUAACACCUCCUCCCCGGGAGUCGUACCCGGCGUUGGCAGGUCACGGCUCCCUGUUAACUUCUCCGCUGCCGGGGCCACCGCUGGGUGUUUGGGACCAGUGAUGUUACACAGGCUGCUCGUUUUACCGAGGUUGAGGUCGUGUGAUUCGGGACGAGUCGUAACCCACUUCCAGGGACCUGCGGGCCGAGGCGGGCAUCACCUUUGACGCGUUCAAUGAGAGUAAACAAACUUUGCGGGAAUGAUUUCUGGUCAGCGUGAGGAGUCGGGUCUGCGUCUGUCGGACCGUCAGUGAACCGUCUUAGUGACUGACUUCCUUCCCCUCGGGAGAAGAAGAUGGAGACGGGAUUCAGGUCCCACCAGGGCGAGCUGUUCGUCCACCCGCUGUCCAACCCCGGGGCCGCGGGGAUCUGCCCCGAGAUGCUGGAGGUGGCAGAGGAGGCCAACCGGGCAGGGGACUUCAACCUGGCCGCGGAGAUCUACAGCUCCCAGCAGUCCGACCUGCAGCAUCCGGACCGAGGCUUGUGUCUGAGGAAGGCUGACUCUCUGGCCCGAGCAGGACGGAUAUCCGAGGCGCUGGACUCCUACUGCACAGCGGCCAGUCUCGCUAAGCUGCGCCCGCAGGAGCUGCCCUUCCUUGUGGACACCAUCGCCCGGACUCUCCGCGAGAAAGAGCUGAGCAUCCACGGGACGACAACCGGUAAAAGCAGCAGCAGCAGCAGCAAUGGGGAGGAUGGAGCUGAUGAAUACGGGGAUUGUGAGGACGAUGAAGCCCUGGACUUGUUUUCAUGUCGCCUCUGCAAGUGCCUGCUCCACGAGCCCACCACCGUGGAGUGCGGGCACACUUUCUGCAAACGUUGCCUGGAGGACGAAGCUGUCACAGACUGCACACAAUGCAAACACACUUUGCACCAACAAGACGGGCUGCUAAUCGAGCGACGACUCAACGUGGUUCUCAGCGGGCUGUUGGAUAAACUGUUCGCGACUGAGAGCAAAGCCAGGAAGCUUUGGAUCGAGGGAGAGGUGCUGUGGAAGAAGCAGAACCUCUCGGGGGCCUUGGAGAAGUACGAUGCUGCGGUGGAUCUAGUGCCAUCCUCAGGCCGACUGCUGUCUCAACGGGCUGAGUUGAACAUGGAGAUGAGGAACUUCAGCCAGGCAGUGCAGGACACCAGCAUCCUCUGCAGAACAAAACCUCUCUGGACCAAGGCUCACUAUCUGAAAGCCACAGCACUCAGGAAAGCAGACCGAAAUGAUGAAGCCUUGCAGGAAUACCUCCUAUGUGUGGCACUGAAGCCCGACUGGACCAAAGUCAAACUGGAAACUCAGAAGGUCCUUAGCGAGCUCUUCUCCUCCGUGUUUGAGAAUGAGGACAUGCCGACGACACUGCAUCCUCUGCAGGGAGGGUUGGCCAACCGCCUCAUCAAACCCCCGGCCUUGCUCAGGUCUCUGAGGCCUCUCACACAGAGACCGGGCUCCUCCUCACAGGACGCAGAGUUCAGUGUGACGAAAAAUGCUCCAGUGGACAACUCAUCCUCCAGACUGUCCACUGUGACACCCUGUAAAUCGGACCCUGCCGCAGUGGAAGGCUGCACGAAGAGCCUUGCCAACGUCCUGGCUGCACUACCGGCGCCCCCUGGUGGCCUUAAGAGGAAACACAGCAGUGACGAGGCAUCAGCAACCUUCAACCUCCCCUCCAAACAGCUCAGACAUGAUGGGGCGAACAGCUUGCAGACGUCGGUCUCAGUGAGCAGAGGAAGGAUUGUUCCUGCCGACCUGUUGGACAGUGGAGACAUGGAGUGUCCGCUCUGCAUGAGAUUGUUCUAUGAGCCUGUGGCCACUCCCUGCGGACACACCUUCUGCCUCAAGUGUCUGGAGCGCUGCCUGGAUCACAACUCCAACUGUCCCCUGUGCAAGGAGAACCUUGCUGAGUAUCUGGCCACCAGGGGUUACAAAAAGACCCUGCUGAUGGAGGAAGUGCUGCAGCGUUACCUAGGAGACGAGCUGGACGAGAGGAAGAAAAUCCACGAAGAGGAAAUGAAGGAAUUGUCCAACUUGAAACAAGAAGUGCCCAUCUUUGUGUGCACCAUGGCCUUCCCCACAAUCCAAUGCCCAUUGCACGUGUUUGAGCCGCGCUACCGCCUCAUGAUCCGCCGCUCCAUGGAGACUGGUACCAAGCAGUUCGGCAUGUGCAUAGCUGAUGAGCUCAAAGGAUUCGCCGACUUCGGCUGCAUGCUGCAGGUUCGGGAUGUGAAGUUCUUUCCUGAUGGCCGUUCAGUGGUCGACACCAUCGGCGUGUCACGGUUCAAAGUCCUCAGCCACGGCCAAAGAGAUGGUUACAACACGGCUAAGAUAGAGUACCUGGAAGACAAAAAGGUGGAGGGAGAGGAGCUGGUGGAGCUGCUGAAGCUGCACGACUCGGUGUAUGACCAAGCCAACAGCUGGUUCACGUCGCUGAAAGACAACAUGAAGAGCCAGAUACUCAGCCACUUCGGACACCUUCCCAGCAAAGACCCCGACCCACAGGGAAGUCCCAGUGGUCCGGCCUGGUGCUGGUGGCUGCUCGCUGUCCUUCCCCUGGAGAACAGAGCCCAGCUCACCAUCCUGUCCAUGACCUCCCUCAAGGACCGACUCAUUGCCAUCCGCAGGGUCCUCAUCUUUGUCACGCGCAAGAGGCCACGGUGAUAGCAGGGUGGACUGACCGGAGAUGCACGGGCUUCUAUGCAGUUCAAACAUUUCCGUUUGGUCAUUCAAUGGUCAUUUGGUCAUUUUCUCGUUAAUACAUGUAGUGAAGUCACAGUCUGUUCUGUUGGGAAUGAAGGAGGGUCGUUCCCUUCUGUCCAUCUGUUCAUCCUCCCACCAACAACUUCACUGGCUGUAUUGAGCAACAAAACAUUGAGAAGGAGUGACCUCUCACCUUGUUAAGUUUGGGGUAAACGCGGUCCAGCUGAGCCCUGUCACUUCCAUUUAGGUCUCUACUGGACGAUUCGCUUGACUUUGUUCUGGAGGAACAAAAACGUGUUAUCACUUUGGGCGGCACGACUCGGGAGGUAAAGCGGUUCCAUCCGCUGCUCCUCCAGAGUUUGACGAAGUGUCCUUGAGCAAGACGCCGAACCCCAAACUGCUCCUGAUGCUGCGUCAUUGGUGUGCGAAUGUGUGAGUUGUUGAGUGAGUCGUACAUGUAAAGAGUUUCGAGUGGCUGACAGACGAGAAAAGCUCAAUAUAAAUGCAGUUUUUUUUUGUUUUUUUUUACAAUUGUACCGUAAAGAAAACAGUGUCAACAGGAAAGAUAACAUAUGCCGCAGUAUUUCACAGAAACUGAAACAGACGCAGGCCUGUCACAUUGCAGUGCGGCUGUGCAGACACGGAAUCAAGACAAGAACUCACCCACUGCAACAUGAAGCAAAAACACUCGGCAUGAUGGUAACAAGCAAGUGAAUGUACUUGUCUGCCUGUAGUAAGUGGAUGUCUUUUUUAUUUCCCCUCCUACUACAUUUGUAAAGUCCAUGGUGAGGUUCACGUGAGGUGUCAAUCCCUUACCUGCAACAGCUGCUUCACUUGAAAUCUUCCUGACUGAGCCAAAACUCACGUGCUAAACCCUGGAACUUUACAUCUGCUGCUUCACCAGGGAGUGGACGUGUACCUCAUACAAAGAAACGUGCACCAUGAGAAUCAGUGUGUUCAGAUUCAGGAUUGUGAUCAUGCCCAUGAUUCUCGCACUAAAAGAACAAGUACAACUCUACAACGUCAUCUCCUCUCGUCACGGCAGAACGUUCACGCACGUCGGGGCUCACACAGAAGUUCUCGUUGCAUUUAGGAAAAUCCAGAAACAAACACACCCUCCCAGAUUCACUCGAUCUGGAACUUAAGCGUCCUGUUGUAGCAUAUCUCUGGACUAAUGCAGACUUGGAUAUAGGUUUAGCUUUUUCUCUUUCUCCCGUUGAAAUGCCCGUAUGUGUACAUGUAUGGUAAAAUUUUAAGUUGUGUGAUUUGUAUGUAUAUCGAUGUAACUCGGAGGCCUUUUUAAUGUUUUAUUUAAAGAAAGUUUAAACCUCUCCUUUCUCUUUCUCCUUCGAUCUCCUUCUGUCUCGGUGCAUUUGAACGCACGCCGUAAUGCGAUUCCUGGUAGAGAAGUUGUCCUGUGGGGGUUUCCCUGUAAACAAAUACUCAUGGAUUCUUUUCUCACCAGAACACAGUGUGUGAAUCCUUGAGGCCUGACGAACAUGCCCUGAGCAACAGCGAGCAUGAAUAUGUUACAGCUCCGAAGCACCUAGAGGUGGUGAAACAACGUUGAAAUAAACGGCGCUGUAGAGCUGCAUUCUCAUGAUCCCAGUUUUGUUUGUAUCCUGUCGCCAAUCACAGCUCGUGCCCACUGAACAAAUCAGGAAGAAGUAAAGGAAAGAUUUAAAGCAUUUAAAACAUAUUUGCACAUAAAGAUUUGUUUUGGGAUUCGGGGGAAACUGAAUUUAAACGUAUUUGUUGUUCUCCAGUGUGCUUUUUGACAUCUGGAGGUUGUCGAUGGCUCAAAUUUAACUCCCUUUGCAGACCAUUAGAUUUAAUAAAAUCAUGGAUGAAUGAAUAAAAUCCCAUAAUGAUUAAGUUAAAACUGGUUAAGCCGUGAUUGUAGGAUGCCUGUGGUUGUAAUUGCGUUACCAGCGUGCAGGAGAAUGCACUGUUCCUCUAUAAUUCUGUCCUUCCAAACGUUUGUGACUCCACUGCAGUUGCUGGCUCUCCAUACAGGAGCAGUGUUCACAAUGUGCUGCAUUUCCCUGGUAUAUUUGUAAAGGGAGCUCUUAUACCUAUUUUUUAUUGCAAAUAAAGAAAAUCACAUGUUUA